AUGGAUAUUGCCGCCGAAGAAAUAUCGUCACCUCUCCAAGGUUUUAAGUUCGUGAAACCAUUCUCCAAUUUCUUUCAAGCGGCUAAGCAACGAUUCGCAAAUCUUGAUCCUGAGAGUGGGGUUCAUCUCGUUGGACCAAUGUUCGAACUCACCGCCUGCAUAGACAAGGAAAAACGUAUUCAGGAUUUUGACGCCAUAUACCCGGAAACCGGGGUGUCCUUCGGUCCUACCAUCUGCUCCUUUGGUCUUCCCUACAACGAUCACAACUACGCACUGCCGGUUGGACUGACACCUCCAGCCAUGGCUCCUCACCUCAUGGAUGUCAACUUUAUCCCUAAACCCUCUGUUCUCACCAUACCAAUUGAAAUUUCCAAGCAACCAGCUGAGUCUAAAUCGACAUCUGGGACGGCAGCGGUCAUCGAAGCCGAUGAAAAUGGGCAGGACUCCUCUCUGUCGAGGUCUCUCAUCAAAACCAAAGGCGUAAAAUCACCGAAUGCUGUCUCCUCCUCCUCCUCAUCGAAGAUCGUCACCCCGCCGACCAAAGUCACACCCCUUGUCUUUGCCUCGAUAGCGGAGUCUACUGCAGGUCUUUCCGAAUCAAAAAAGGCGCUUUUCGCUGCAUGGCACGCCAAGGCUGCGGCUAGUGGUGGUACUCUGCUUGUUCAACAACGCUGGAAGGUCCAAGAAGGCGAUCAACAGCCACCACAGCAGCAACAGCAACAACAAGCGGAUACACUGACACAAGCACCUGUUAAAGACCAGGUUUUAUUUUCAGUGCCGCGGUACUGCAAAAGCGUGGUAAAAGAAUCCGAAGGAGAAAGAGUGUAUCUUGAAUCGGAUAUGAAGAUAAUUGAAGUUCCCGAGGACCUUUGUGUUUCACCGUCAAAACUCAGUAGUCUCGAAAGUUCGGACGAAGAGGACUCUGACACCGAAGCCUCCAAUAUUCCCGGCCAGAGCUCGCGCCGAUCUGCAGCUGAUUUGGGUCCCAAACCCGCCAUAUGGUCUACAGUUAACUGUCUUUGUGAAGUUAAGGUUGGGGACUCAAGAAUGCUGCAGUGUCUCAAUUGCCGUUAUUUGCAACAUAUGGAAUGCAUGGAGAUAGUGUACGAGGAGGGAGCCUGCACAGACGAAGCGGACCCCACAAACAUAACUCCCAAAGAGAGACUCUUGGAUCCCUCCGUCUAUCUCUGUCCCUCUUGCCUGCGGCCGGCAUUCGUUGUCCGCUCUGAAGUGGUGGAACGCGUUCUUGCCGCGUUGAAGCAACGUGAAUCGGCGAAGCAAUUAAAUCUUCUCUCUCUCAUCCAUCACCACGCAGGCAAAAGCGAAGUGAUCAAACACCCAAUUGGUGGCGCCCAGCUUCUGGCCAGUGCCACGGACCGGGCUCGCCAGCUCGGCCUCAUCAGUGGCGGUAGCGCUGCAUCCGGCUCACGGAGCACCACUUUUCCCAAUACCGACGAACGUCACAAGAUGAAUUGUCUUGAACGUCAGAAUAAUGAGACGACAGAUGUUAAUCGUCGAAUUCCGUCACCACCGAGAGCGUCCAAACGAAAGCAGGACCUUACUACCACGUCAUACGAUGUCGAAGCAAUGCCAGCUUCUACGAAAGCCGGCAUGGCUAACGAAUCCACGAUUCAAGAAAGCCCAUCGAGUAUCGUCAAUUCACCGACCAUGAGCACCAUUAGUACUCCCGCUGGCACUCCAGUGAGGCAGAUCACACCUUUCCAACUUGCCUACCAUCAUAACAUGAAAAUCUACUCUGCUGACAGCACUGCCGACCGCUCGCCCUCCAGCCCCAUUGUUACUGUUUCUGCAGAAUCUACUCCCACCACCAGUCCCAUGGUCUUGGGUGUGGGAGGUAGCAGAAAAAAGAGAAUAUCGGCUUUCGGCGAUUCCCCGUCGCGUCUGUCUUCAGGCAAGCGAGGAAAUGUUGUAGGCUCCACACUGGGUUCCGCUUGGGCGAAGGACUACAAGGAGGCUGAUGUGAGCUUUUACUCAGAGAAUCUCCUUGCCUUUGUGGCGCAGCGUGUCGCCAGCGGUCGAGAGCGUGUUCAACGCCUCCCUCCAACCUGUCUUGGCCGAACUCCGCUCUGCCGAGUUGUUAUGUUUGAUCACAAUGACAAGGGCCUUGAGGCGUCAGCUCGGCUUGGAAAGGGCGAAGUUGUGACGGAGAUCCGUGGAAACCUCAUGCUUCUGGAGGAAUACGAACAUUUCAUCGACCCUAUUAAUGACUACAAUCGCUAUGUCAUGAUCUACCACAACUUUGGGGAUCGUGCAGUGGCAAUAAACACCUCCCAGUAUGGCAAUGAUGCCCGAUUCAUUCGUCGAUCGUGUAUUCCCAAUUGCUUCCUGGACCACUUUAUAGUGUGCAACAAACUGCGUAUCAUAAUCCGCACAACACAGGAACUGAUGCCGGGUGUUGAAUUGACCAUUCCCUUUGAUUUCGACUAUCGGUCGUGUCGUUACACAGUCAAAUGCGCCUGCGCCCGUUCCCGGUGCCCCGUACAAAAGUGGUGUCGGAAGCUCGCACGCCACAAAGUGAUGCCCUACCUGGAUUAUGGAAAAUUUAUUGAAUCCCGUCUCAAUGCCCUCUCCAAGCCGAUAACAGAAGACCAGUCGCCGACAACACCAUCAAGCACGCGUACCUUUUCGACCGAGAACUCUCCCGUGCUCAUGUCCUCCACUCAGAAAGCGUCCCUGACCUCCCUCAUUCCCACCUCAGCUACAAACAGCCCACAGCGAUUCGUCGCCUCUAACAAACGUCCCUUCCCUUCAACUCGUCUUUUCACCACCACUGUAAGCACCGACACCUCUACCACGACAGCUACUGAAACGACAACGACUGCAAAAACAACGAUCAGCACUGACGCCCCUUCGCCUAGCGUAGAACCUCCGCCGGCCAAGAAACGACCCUCGCCUAAUCCUGCGGGAGCUGAAGAGAAAAAGAGCAGCACCAAGGGAGAUAAGAACUCAUCUCCUCCCUUUGAAUCGAUCAUCACGACUCGACGGCAAGCGGCAAAGGCUGCAGCAGCAGCAGCGGCGUCGGCGACGACGAUGCCGACUAGUGGGCUGACUUGGGGUCCUCCUGAGCGUGUGGUCGCCGUCGACGGGAGUGGUUCCCUUGCCGUUUCAGGGUCCCUGUGCAAUUAA